UCGCGGGUGGCCCAAGCAGACGUAAAAAAAUCAACGGCAGCAUAAUUUGCCUGUUUUACGCCCAGCAUAAUGUUACAGAGGCGAAACCGACAUCUGAUUAAUUGCUUACGGUCACCGUUAUACAAUUAAGACUGCCUUUUCUUUGUAAAAAUGAGCUAGUGAAGCGCAGCAGCAUGACGUGCACUAUUUUUUAUAGAGCGCAAUGACUGCGUGCGCGAAAGUCGUGGUUUCGUCUGAUCCCAUAUGCGCUGUUCUGCACAUGCUGUUUCUAAUGUUAUCGGCUUAUCAUGGGUUCCCGACUUUGUCUUUACAUCACCACGAGAAAUGUGAAUGUUUACACAAACUGAUUAAGUUACCAGAAUGCCAUCGCGAGUAGUGUGUAAAGACGGAACUGCGACUUGACUUGUGACAACCGUCAUGGCUGACGAAGUUGGUUUAGAGGCUGAAGAGGAUGUCCAGUCUCCUCCUCAAGGAGUUCCAACACCACAUCGCCUCGGGAGGCCGUUGCAGAAAAUUUUGGGAGAUGCCGGCUUGUAUUCCUAUUGCGCCAUCUGCGCACUUUCGCUUCACGACCUUUUCCCGGAUGAAUGGGACCGAGAAUUUUGCGAAAAAUGCCUUCUGCAGCUGAUACAGCACCUUGGCCUGCCUUCACAGGUGCAGUCUGUGAUGCAGGCCUUGAUGAUGGGCGAAGGGGGCGAGGUUGAGCCCUUCAUACACGUUCUCAAGGACGAACCGGGUCUGAAUGGAAACUGUUUGCGGGUUGUUGAAGACCUCAUCCUGUUUGCAGUUCAGGGAGGUAUCUAUGAUGCUCGAACACGCGUGUUCAUCUUUUACGUGGCCUGGAGGCUCAGGGUCUCCCGGUCACUCGUCGAGAUGUACGAAGAGUCUGUUGUCGAAAUGCUGUCCCAGGAAGUCCACGAACAGUCAGAAGAGGAGCGGAAGGAAAUUGCCAAACGUCAGCGCAACAAGAAGCUCAAGCGUUUUCUUAUGAUUGGUCUUGCCACUGUUGGAGGAGGUGCUGUCAUUGGCCUGACGGGAGGUCUAGCAGCACCACUGGUGGCUGCUGGUGCCGGGGCUAUCAUAGGGGGCGCUGGAGCGGCAGCCUUGGGUUCUGCCACUGGCAUUGCAGUCAUAGGUUCGCUCAUCGGUAUUGCUGGGGCCGGACUCACAGGAUACAAGAUGAAGAAGAGAGUCGGCGAAAUCGAGGAGUUUGCCUUUGACUCACUGACUGAGGGCAAGGGACUACACAUCACCUUGGCCAUAUCGGGCUGGCUGUCUGACGAAGAUCCAGGUGCUCUGAAGCGGCCAUGGCGCACACUGAUGAACUCGCGAGAGCAGUAUGUUCUGCGAUACGAGUCCUCCUACUUGCUGGAGCUUGGUCACGCCAUUGACUACCUGUUCAGUUUUGCCGUCUCCAUGGCAGCGCAGGAAGCCCUCAAGUACACCAUCCUCUCAGGUCUGAUCACAGCCAUCACGUGGCCUGCCACCUUGGUCAUGGUGGCUGGCGUCAUUGACAACCCCUGGGGCGUUUGCAACAGGAGGUCUGCCGAAGUGGGCCGGCACCUGGCCGAGAUCCUCUUGGCACGACAGCAGGGGAAGCGUCCUGUUACUCUAAUCGGCUUCAGCCUUGGUGCUCGUGUCAUCUUCUACUGCCUCAAGGAAAUGGCCAAGCGGAAAGGGUGCGAGGGAAUCAUUGAGGAUGCAGUUCUCCUCGGAGCUCCCGUCCCGGCACACAAAGAAGAAUGGAAACCAAUGGCCCGAGUAGUUGGGGGAAGGAUAGUUAACGGCUACUGCAGGGGAGACUGGCUGCUCAAGUUUCUUCACCGAACGUCGUCAGCAACCCUGAAGAUAGCUGGUCUACAAGCAAUCCGGUGGAAUGACAGACGAAUGUUCAACAUUGACUUGAGUGACGUGGUUUCUGGGCACACUGAUUAUGUAAAGAAGAUGGACAUCAUUCUCAAGGCCGUCGGCAUCCAAACCGGCGAUGACGUGCUGGAGGCCGACUACAGCAUGCGCAAGUCAAAGUCUUACGCUCCGGAUAGGGACGAAGAUAUGCGCGGUCCGCAGAUGCAUCGCUCAAGAUCCGACUCCGUGCUCUGCAACAAGAAGGCAAUGAAUGUGGCUUGCGCUCCAAUAGAAAACCGUCACCUCUCGACCACCGACCGACCAAUGAGCUACUCUCUGGAGAGCGGCCUGAGCCGGAGCAGUUCGGCCUUCGGUGGCAGCAGCAGCGUGACCGGCGACGGCCACCGACGUUGGUCACCCCGUGAGUUCCUACAGUCAACACGCAACCUGUGGAAACCUCGCGCACCGAGUGCUGCAGCAGCAAAGGAUGACGACACAACCAGUGGCGUUGUGUCCACGGCCGACAGCUGGGAGUGGUCGGCGUGGGAUGACGAGGCCCCUACCUCGGCUAUGUCUCACAGCAAGCCUCAGGCCUGACGUUUUCUGAGCCACACCUAAUGUGUUGAGGGGCAGAAGUAACAAUGUUUUUGUUUUCGAGGCCUUCGCCCAUCACUUGUGUACACUCAUGCAGAGCAGUUGACUUUGAGCGUGUUUUUCAUUUUUGUUGCUAUGAAAAUGGCUUGGGAAAUCAACUUUCCAGGGUCAAAGGUAGCGGCAUUUAGUCCGCGACUGAGACAACUGGGAGGUGUUCGGUCUGGGAAGGCGAGGCCCUCUCGCUCCGAUUCUGGCUGCAGGCCAUGAGAUGAGUGACGUUGCCAAAUCAUUCUUGGACCCGAUUUGGCAGCAUUUGAUGCCAAGAGAAGGCAGCGAUGCCGUUUCCUCAAAGUCUUUACGUCCUUUACAUGUGCUUGUUCACAUGAGUUAAUCGGCUACUUCUGAAGCCGUUCCUCGUCUGCGUCGCCCAGGAAUGCAGCUCAUGUUUGGAAGAAUUCACAAUCAUGGAAUAGCACGGAUCAUGCGGUGGGCCGUUUCCUGACUGUGGCCCACCCCUCCCAUUUCUGUACCUAUUCUCUCCAGCAGCUGCGUCCCACAAGUCUUGUCUUGGGUCUCGCGCUUCGAUGGAAUUUAAUUCCUACAAGCGGGAAGGACCCAGUUGUUCUCUCAAAGCCCCCACUCCUCGUGCGUAGACAUUUUCUCAAAGUCCUGAGCCCCCAAAACCAAAUGUGUUGUUGGUGUUUCCCUAGAAGGCAGCUCAUGUCCGAAAAAAACGAGGGCUGCAAAAUGUCAAUACUGUGUUGCGUUUAUCACACGGUGACUUGGUUAAGCAACCGAUGCUGUAUGCUCGUUUUGGACUUCAUGUGCACGUAUGACCAUUUGCUUUAUGAAUUACAAUUUGGAAGGAAGAUGUUCCAUAUGGGGGUUCAGAGUGUUCUCAGCAACUUCAUCACUUUUUAAAUACGGCUUCUUCGUCGGAAUACAAGGUCUGUCCUGUACAGUAGAAGUGCUGAGGUUUGUUUUUUAACACAAGAGAACGGUGUGAGAUUUUCCCCUGGACUGCCCUUGUUUUGCAAAGGCCACGCAUAGAUCUUUUAGUGAUGUUAGAAUGAUGAUUUUGUGGCUCUGGUUUUUCUUAUCGAUAGUAUUUGUUACAUCAUGUGGUUUCGUUGAAGGUGUGCUGCGCCAUAGUACAACGUGACGUGAUGAGUGAUGGUGUAUUCACCUUUGCAUGAUUGGACUUUGAAGUGACAUUGAGUUAUGUGUGUUACGUUUGACUGCUAUCCUUACAGUUACAUUAUGAACUUUAUCGAAAUGUUGUGCAUGUCAACUAAUGUCCAGGAUGAUUUUUUGAGAAAGCUGUCAGUACAUAAAUGAGUAAGCUUUUGUUUUUUUUUUUCUUCCUCCCUCGAAUAUUUGUUAGCUUGUUGAAGAGCACAAGUACAGAGCGAGGACCCUGAGGUUGUUGUGUUGUACUCAGGUUAUAGCAGUGAUACAUGUUUAGACACCUUUGUCUGAUAGACAUUAAGCCAUGAAAGAAACAGCUCGGAGAAAAAAGUAGUUUUGCUUUGAGCAGUGUGAAAUUUUUUAAUGAAUUUGCUUGCACCGGCGUUUUUUAUGCUGUUAACUUAUUGCGUGAACAGGUUACUGUGAUCAAAGUGAAGAGAAUUAUGGCAGCCAUUUGCCACGGUGUUGAUGCUACUUGUCGUUUGUGGCUGGCUGUGAAAUAUGUUUGUUCUUUGUCUAAACUUGCCAUGUUGGGGACUUUUUUUUUUUUUUUUUAGAAUAUGUGGUUUCUUCAUUUAUAUUGCGGAAGUGUUUAAACUGAAAACUGAAUGUGGGUCAUCAUGAUGAAGAAUCUUUAUUGAUCGAGCAAGGGAAAGAGAGUGAUGUGUAAUAAUGACAUUAGAGGGACAUCAAAGAGGCGCAUCAGGUUAAACUGUAUGGGUCUAUUAUACCCGCCAUGAUGGCAUGGUAGCUAUGCUGUUCCUCUGCUGAGAACAAAGCCAGGCAUUCGAUUCCUGGCUGUGACGACCACAUUCCAACGGGGGCGAAUUUGCAAGAACACUCGCAUAUGCUUUUGUGGCUCACUUUAAACAUCAAACAAUCACGUUAGGAAUGCCAGGUGCUCUAAAUUAGUCUGAAGCCUGGAACACUACUUCCCUUAUAGCCCACUGCACUGCUUUGAGAAAUUAAACAUUAUUAUGAUUAAUUGUUUCAUAAAAAAUAAUUUGGUUAUGCUUCUGCGACGGCGUGGCAAGCGAGAAAAGUUGCAAAGACAAGGGGCAGGUGGUGAUGCUGCCCUGCAGUUUAGUACCACUUGGCCUAGACGUCGCGGAUUUCCAUGUUGUGCUGUCGUCUUGGGGCAAAGGUUCUGGCAGAAAAUCUUAAAGGGAGUUGGCCUUCGUUUUCUCUUUGUAGUCAUGAACCCUUUUUGUCGAAUGAAUGAACAACAGAAUUCUGAAAAACUACUUUACCAGUUUAAACUUAUAUAUAGUGUCCCUUUAAUGGUUGAAAUAGAUGGGCAUGCCUACAACCAUGCAAACACCGAACGGCAGCCCACACUGAAUGUCGGGAGGGACGAUGACGUUUUGUGUUGCUAUUCGUUGCAGCAGUGCGGUAUGGUAUGUCCAUCCUGAAGUGGUAUUCUUGAUCAUUCACUUUCCGGUAUAUCGGUUCUUGCUGGCGCCGAUUGGCUAAGCCGGCAGGCUUCAGCAUGUCUGUCACUACAGUGAGGCAUUGGGCCACGCACUACAUCACGAAUAAGUACCGUAUCUGCUUGAUUCUAAUGUGUACUGUCUUUGUGAAAAAAAUUUACUAAACAAAUGACAUGUGCUCUAGAUAUUAGUACGAAAUCGUGCUGGAUCGAGUACUGCAAUAGCGACGAGCUAUCAUCUAUUACUAUGAUCGAAACCAACCUACAUGUCGGCUGCUGCACGGAAUUGUUUGUACCCACCUCGUAAUUUUCUUAGGGUGCUAUAGCGUGGCAUUUGAGAAAUAGUAUCUCAAAUGCCAUGGAUGGUACCGAAGAUGAUAUCUUAUCGGCUGUUGAUGUAGUGAUAAGGAGGCCUCCGACAGCGAUGUCUGGUCUACUGGUGCUUAAAUGCAAUAAUAUUUUUCUCUUUGAAGUUAGAACAAAUUGUAAUUACUCUGUUCAUUAAAAUGAAAAUUUGCAAGUGAGCAGUCAAGGCCAUUGCAUUUUCCACUUUACAAUCUAGGAUGCAUUAGAAUUGAGUAAGUACAGUACUCUAAAAGUGGUAACCGAGAGUACGACCUCUGGUCACAACAAUUUCACAGCAAAAUUGUGUCACCUCUACAAAUUUCUAAAAUCAGGGAGUUUCCCACAGAUUUAAGCUCAAUUUUUUUCACUCGUGUUCUUACAUUUAGUGAGCACUGUCUCACGAUUUACGAGCAGUUUCACAAUUCAGUUUUGUUACUGCCAGUAAGGGUUUCCCCGGCUGUUAGAAUUGACUUGGAUAUCUCUGACGCACCUUUUUAUCUUUCUGAGUAUGCAAAAGGAUAGACAGUUGGGAGAGUUGGUACGGUAACAUGAUUUUGGCUUGUAGCGCGAAGUGAAACACGGACACAGAAAGGAGCAGACAGGACAGGAGUAUGGUCGUGCGAGUUUAUUGCUCACUCUUCUUCACUGGGAAGUAUUUGACCAUUGCUAUCUAAAUGGGUCACUGAAUGCUGGAACCACUUGGCUCAUGUGUAAACACUACUAUGAACUUCAUUCAAUUCAGCUUGCCGUUUGAGCGCCAGUAUCACAUAAGAUUUUUAACUACGUAUUCAGUAGCCAGGCACAUCAAUACAUGGCUCUAGUCCAGAGAAAGCACAAUUGGUUUUAAAAAAAAAAAUACGCUAAGGAACCAACCACAUGAAAAAAGAUGCGGAAUUCAAAAUGUCUUUGAGUUCGAUUUUUCAGUCCUUUAUUUAGCCUCUUAAGUCGUCGUCAGUGUCUACCUAUUUGCCUUUACCUAUUUAUACUAUAAUCAUCCCAAGCGAGAUGAGCUCCUUACAAACUCUCAGCUUGUUGGGAAAAGGAGAAGCUCAAUUUGCUAGCAGUUUCAUCAGGUGAAAGAAAAAAAGUGAGAGAGAGAGAGAGAGAGAAAGACAUAAAUGUAGUACAAAAUGAUUGGCGUCUGAUGUCUUUUAAUGACUAACACAUUGGAGAGACAGCACUGUUCUUUGCACAUUUAUGUACAACUUUCAGGUGUUUCUUAUACUAAAAGGCAGUUAUAUUAACUAGCACCAUUCAUAUCAGCAACACUUCUGCACAUUUAACUAAUUGGGCAGUCACGGUAUUUUCACCGAUGACCAGAAGCUUUUUCUCAGCAGAAGUGAGUGGGACACAUUUCUGGUUAAGGUCUCUGAAAAAACAAAAACAACAAAGGCAAUGCAACUAUUUUGUAGUUUUGACUUCUUUGGUUGGUUGUAUCAUAGCAUUUGCUGUCUCGCUAAUGUUGAAAUGAGAAUACCCUGCCCAUCCUUGGGACCAUGUCGCAUGUUCUCAGAGUUUUUUUUUUACAGUGGUGACAUUCCUGCAUGCAUUACCCACCCAGUGAUUCUCGUAUUAUGCAAAUGCUUGCUUGUCUUCACUGAAUAAUCUUGUGGUUUCAUUUCGUCUUUCAUUUAUAAUGAACAGCAUGGGUUAAAGUUGCCAUUCUAGUCACUAGGGUGUAUCGCGACAAAAGCUAAGGGUGCGCAUAUUCAUGUUUCUGAGGAUGCUUUAUUGAGUGCUGGAAGGUUCUCUGCAUUUCGGUGGUAUUACAGAUUGUGGAAUUUCGUGUUUGUUAUGUCAGUGUCUGCACUGUUUUUCUUUUUUUUUGCUGCUGCUGUCUGUCUUUUAGACAGCGAAAAUUUGAAUGUAUUAUGCCUGAUGUUAUGGCUUCACAGCAUCACCACUGUGUAGCGGACGCUUAUGCAAUCAAAAUCAUUUUUAGGGGCUUCGUUAAGUUACAUUAUGCAAUGUUUUACUAUGGUGUUUUACAACCAUAUCACUUACCGAAUGCAGCAAGCUUCACUCAAAUUAGUUCAGUCGUGGCCACAUUGGAGUAUUUACUCCGUACACAUGUACUUGAAUUGGAAAGGGCAGUGCCUGUGAAACCUUCCCCUUUAGUGCCACAGCACAAGUUCUGCCUGUAGCACAGGCGCUGAUUUUGUGAAUGGGAAUUUUUGAUGUCAUUGUUACUUGUGAGCUGCUUUUAAUGAAUUUGCCUGUAUGUACAUGUACUGGUUUCUGCACAUUGGGCCUUCCACUGGCUUUCUGCACUACUUGCAAUCAGUUACUUUUGCUUGCCUACAUGAGCUGCUUGUUGUAGCCUAUGGCUGGAACAGUCACCAGCGCUACAUUUUUUUUCGUUGCUUGUUUGCUUGUCGUGGCCAGAUAUUUGCGCUGCAAAUGCUGCUACAUCACAUGGACGAGACAAAUGAAAAGAGGGGUGGUAUUCUUGGUCCUUCACUUUUGUGAAUGCAAUCACUUUCAGGAUAUUUCGCAUCACUAGCACCGGCAGCACAUGGGCGUCUAUGGGCGAUAUUGUGCUUGGCCCCGUGCCAGGAAUACUGUUGCCUGUGGCCGUAAAUGUGUUCAGAGCUAGUCGUGUGAAAUCUUCUGAAAAUGAUUGUAUCCCUGAAAUUUGAUCAAUUAAGAGUACCGCCCCAGUUGCAUGCACAAGGUGUACUACAUGGGUAUUGCAAGCGUAAUACAGAAGAUGUGGAUUUGGCUUCCACCGACGACAAGUUGUCUCUUUUGCCUACACCUCCCUUUUUCUUAUUAUUUCUAUGACUCAAUGAAAACCGCAGGUAAUUUCCUCUACACUUUCCUUGGCUUCAUUGUCUUUUGGCUUCACAUAAAUGUAAAUAACAAAAUUGGAGCACCUCGAUUAUCAUUCACUACACAGGGCUAUGCUACUUGUGUGAGCAAUCCAUCACGAAAGCUUUAAGGUCAGCUGGCUGUUACCUGAAACAGCUGGUUGGUCCUUACCUUAUUCCAAUAUGGUUUGCCUAGUCUUUGCGUUUUAGCAGCAAUUGCAGUGCAAAUACUUGUAGUUGUGUCAUACCAGAUAGGUUCUUGAGCUCAUUUGCUGGAGUAAAAAUAAAUAUUUUAACAGUACUUUCA